AUGCUGGCCCAAGGAAUCCCAGCAGAGGAUGACUUAGACGCCCCCCUCUGCUCAAUAUGCUCAUCCCUAAACCUCCACACAAUCCUGCACGACGGUGUCCCAGAAGAACACGCAGUCCCUCUCGGUCGUCUCACAGACAUUCUCGACAAAUCCGACCAAUGCGGACUGUGCAACAUCAUAGCUAUCAUCAUCCGCAGCGCGUGGAGCUUGGACAAGCAGCCUGGUAUUGACAUUGUUGGCAUUACCUGCGCGCUGCACGCAAGGGAGUGCGGCUACCCGCGCAUUCCGGAUUAUUCGCCUGUACUCAGGGAUAUUUGUCAUCGGCUCUAUGUCCAGACUUCUCAUAAACCUCAGGGUGUGAUGGCUGCUAUGAUCGCAGCGCAGUCAAACCUCUUGCUGGAUAUUCAGCUCCUUGCAGAGGAUGCAUCCAAGGUCGGCAGGACAGAAGAGCUUCAUGGCAGGAGAGUUGGCCAGAACGUUGAUAUCGCCUUGUUGAAAAAGUGGAUCCACAUCUGUGAAAGCGAGCAUGGGGAGCGAUGUGAAACGGUGUGGUGGAGGGGCGCUGAAGAGAUUCUUCCGAAGAACGUAAGAGUCGUGGAUGUAACUCGAAUGGCUGUGGUUCCCGCACCGUCAUCUUGUCGUUUCGUCGCUCUUAGCUACCUCUGGGGAGGCAUGGGGAAAGAGUACUGGACGACACGGGCAAAUAUCAAGCAGCGCAGAGCACAAGGCAGCCUCGACGUAUCAGUGCUACCAGAAACUAUUUUAGAUACCAUUCAACUCGUCCGUCAGCUCGGCGAGCGGUACCUAUGGGUCGACGCGCUAUGCAUCGUCCAAGACGACCCCAAGGAUAAAUCAGUGCAGAUCGGCGCGAUGGAACUCAUCUACAGCAGCUCCGUAUUCACAAUCUUCGCUACAGGCGGCACCUCCGCGCGUGAUCCUCUCCCUGGCAUCCGGCCAGGCACCAGAGAUCCCAAACAACAAAUAACUAAGAUCCAAGGCCUUCACCUCGCCGUCCCGCUCGUCCCCCCUUGCGAGGCAACAGCAAGUUCCGCAUGGAAUACACGCGGCUGGACAUAUCAAGAACUCAUGCUAUCGCGCCGCCGUAUUUUUAUCGCAGCCCAUCACAUGCACUUUGAGUGCGGAGAGGACGUAUGGAGCGAAGAUGUCGUCGCAGAGCGUAUCAACCUGCCCUGGAAUUCGCACCCCCUGAUGCGCAGCGGUUCAGGUGGAUUCAUGUUCGCGGAUGCCCCACCACCGUGGAUGCGCUCUGAAUAUAUGCGGCACUAUAUGAGCACCAUUAGAAAGUAUACGCAGCGCAUGCUUACUGUGGAGUCUGAUAUCGUGAACGCGAUUACAGCUCUCAUCAAUGCUAUGACUAAGGGGUAUAAUCUGGCUGGUGGUGACCCUGGUAAAGCGUUCCGCUUUGGGAUGCCCCUGGUGGAUCUAGAACUCGCGUUGGUAUGGCAGCCUACGCCCAAUGCAUCCUGUGUACGGCGCGUGCCUGGGGAUAGAAAUAUGACGCCGUGGCAGUCCUGGUCGUGGGCUGCGUGGCGGGGUGCUGUCCAAUACAGCGAAGUAAACUUGUUCGUCGAUUGGCAUAAUGGGGGCUUUUCUCCAUGUAUCAUCCAGUCACUGGUGGAAGAGUGGCAUAUCGUGGAUGAUGAUGGUCAGCUUGUUCGCGAAGACGUUCGACGUACUGGUCGGAUCACAGAGUCUAUCGAAGAAGCGAACUCCAGUCCAUACGUCAUUCCGAAAGGUGAUAUCGACGCAUACACUCUGAUCACUGAGAAUGCGCCCAUGCGGCCUGGGACGCUAGUAUUCAGGACUCGGUCAGCUCGUUUCAACAUUACUAAAGCGGACGAUGUCGUCGGUUCUAAUCCUGAGGCUAACUACGCCACAUAUUCCAUACUAUCUAACAUUCCUCGACCAUCGACGUUAGUAGGACGCGUCAUCCUUCCAUGUUCCACCCAUUCACCAACUUCAUCUGAAUUUAUUGUUCUCUCUCGCGCAGACGAAGUCGAAGGGUUGUACGAUGAGGAUACACUGGGGAACCGAUAUCCCGGAUGCAUGUUGUAUGUGAUGGCCGUGCAGGAGAUGCAGAAUGAACAGCGGAUGGAACGGGUUGGCGUAGGGGUUAUUUUUGAACGCGCUUGGCCGAACAUGACUGCGGAGAAGGUUGUUCUAUUAGGAUAG